GGGCGGCGGGCGGCGGGAGCAGCCUGCGGCCGACCUCCCAACCCAGACUUCGGCCCGGAAUUGACUGAAACCCCAGAGGCGGAGCCUAAGCAGGGGAAGGGUCCUGCUGGGCACCCCAGCCCAGCUGGCCUGCUUCUCCUUCGUGCCAGGGCGGGGCAAGGGACCCGACCGCCCUAACUACCCAGGUGGUGACCUGGAACAGGCCUAAGGGUUUCAGACCCUUGGAUCCUCGGCCAUGGCUACGCUGAGUGUCAAGCCCAGCCAGCGCUACCAGCUCUCGGACUGGCGCACCAACAGUUACCUGUUGUCCACUAAUGCGGAGCGGCAGCGAAAUGCUUCCCACCAGAUCCGCCAGGAGGCCCGGAUCCUUCGCAAUGAGACCAACAACCAGACCAUAUGGGAUGAGCAUGACAAUAGUGUUGGCCUGGCGGAGAGGAUCUACACGGUCAACCGAUGGAAGGAGAUGCUGGAUAAGUGUCUGACAGACUUAGAUGCUGAGAUCGACUCCUUGACCCAGAUGAAAGAGGCUGUGGAGCAAAACCUGCAGGCCAAGAACCUGCCUCUGGAUGUGGUCAUCGAGUGCCUGACCCUGCGGGAGAGCCGGCGGGACAUUGACGUGGUGACGGAUCCUGUGGAGGAAGAGCUGGUUAAAGAGGUGGAAGCCAUCGAAGGCACCAGGAAGGACCUGCAGCAGAGGGCCAGCGACGCCUUCCAGCACCUCUGCCUCUUGCAGGAAAUCCGGCAGCAGCUCAACUCUGACCACCGAGACAAAAUGGAGACCCUGGAAAUCGACAGGGGCUGCCUCUCUCUCAACCUCACUUCCCCAAACCCCUCUCUGAAGAUCAACCCCACACGAAUCCCCAAAGACUGCACCACACUGCAAGAGUGGGAUGAGUUCAGUAGGCUGAACAAGAACCGUGCAGAGUCGGAAAUAAAAGCAUCCAUAGAGCUGAGGGAAGCCAUUGCCCUAACGAUUGCUCAGACCAACAACAAGUUGGAAGCUCAGAGGGUCACCACAGACUUUGCCUUCAGGAAGAGGCUUCGGGAGAUGGAGGGUUUUUACAGUGAGCUCAAGUGGCAAGAGCAAAAUACCAUGGAAGAGAUAGCCGAGCUACAGGAAGACAUCCGGCGCCUGGAGGAGGACCUGCGCAAGAAGACGAUCAACCUGAAGCUUGCACAUACCCGACUGGAGUCCAGAACCUACCGGCCCAAUGUGGAACUCUGCCGGGACCAGGCACAGUUUGGCCUCAUUGAUGAACUCCACCAGCUGGAGACAACCAUCGCUACCAUGAAGCAGAAGCUGGUCCAAGCACAGGACGCUCUGGACGCCCUGUCCAAGCACCUGGCCCGCAUACAGGCUGAUAUUGCGUGUAAGACUAACUCCAUGCUGUUGGACACCAAGUGUCUGGACAUCCGUCGCAAGCUGACCUUGGCGGCUGAGAAGUUUGUGCCCCGAGUGGACACCUUCAAGCGCACGACGAACCGAACGCUGGCUCCAAUCAAAACCUGCCAGCUGGAGCUGACCUAGCCUUGGUGGCUGAGAGAGGAGGGAAGGCGGGGGUGGGGGAGUGCGGAGGGGUCAGUAAAACUAAUAAAGAUGGAGUUCUCAGGA